GAGAUUUUAUAACUUAGAUAACUUCCUGUUUAGAGCAUGUAGCAUCACCGGUGUCCUGUACCCGUCCUGUGUGUCAGAAGAUAGUCGAGAAUGGCGUCAGUGCCGAAUGGUGUUGAGAAACCAGCUCCGCGGAGCAAUCAAGAGACUCAUUUUCUUAGCAAAGAAGCUGUAUGGAGACAGUUUCAGCGCUAUGUAGUCGCAUUGAGGCCGUGGUCGUUUACAGCUUCAUUUACGCCUGUAGCUCUUGGCAGCACAUUAGCUUACAAAACAUCAGAGGAGUUUAGUUUGUCUGUAUUUAUCAUCACCUGUUUGACAGCCCUGUCUGUCCAUGCUGCGGGAAAUCUUGUAAACACAUAUUUCGAUUACGUCAGGGGAAUUGACAAGAAAGUCAAUAGUGAUGACAGAACUUUGGUAGAUAUGAUUCUCACUCCCGAUGAUGUAGCAACCUUAGGCGGUGUGUUCUAUAUAUUUGGAUGUGUGGGAUUCUUUAUACUGACUCUCAUCUCCCCAGCAAGGAUGGAACAUUUAGCAUUGAUAUACUUCGGAGGCUUGUCAAGCAGUUUCUUGUAUACUGGAGGAUUAGGGUUGAAAUAUAUAGCACUUGGUGACAUCUUAAUCAUGUUUACAUUUGGGCCACUGACGGUGAUAUUUUCCUAUUUGUCACAGACAGGAUACCUUUCCCUAGUUCCUAUGUUAUAUGCAUUUCCACUUGCACUGAACACUGAAGCCAUUUUGCACUGUAACAAUACACGUGACAUGGUAUCGGACAAAAAAGCAGGCAUUGUAACACUUGCCAUUUUAUUAGGAAAGACAGGAUCAUAUCUUUUAUAUGUGGUGUUGGUGUUUGCACCAUAUACAAUAUUUUGUCUGAUGGGAAUUCAUUGUUCAAAGUGGAUGUUUCUUCCAGUGUUGACAAUAUUUAUGGCUUUCAGUGAAGACCGAAAGUUCCGUCAAGGGAUAUACAGUCCAAAGAAUACUGCCAAACUGAACUUGUUCCUGGGCUUAUUGUAUAUAUUAGGAUGUAUUUUAUCAGACAGACUUGCAUUCAGAACUUUGCUAUAACAAUGCUAUGACUGUAGAUCUGUUUACUUAAACAAUAAAGGAUUGACUUGGAAGUUGGAAAAAAAUGACCCUUCCUUUUGAUUUGUGUGACAAUCAGUUGCAUGUAGAGUGUAUCUCAUACAUUACUACACAGCAAAACUAUUUUCAGUCCUGGAAUAUGUUUGUGACUAGAGAUAUAUUAUUAUCAUAUUACAUGAAUGUUACUCUGAAAUUAAAUUCCCAAUUACUUCAUGAUAAUGACUUAUAUAUUUUCAAUGUGGAUUUCUUCAGGAUUAUAAAAUGUUAUAUUUAUAAUCUGAAAUAUAAAAAAAGUCAGUACGAAAUUAAUUAUUUAUUCAUUAUUUCAGAUUUAAUUAAGAUAUAAACAAUCAAUAAUUAGCCAUAAUUUUUAAAGGAAUUUCCAAACAAAAUUAUUUUUGAUAUGAUCUAUCAAAUCAGAGACAAAUAGACUUAACAUGGUAUUUUUUAGGCUUUAACAUAAUUUUUUCAAUUAUUUUGAUAAGGAUACAUUCCAGGGUCAGCUUUAUGAAUAUCAUUAGCAUCUGCAAUGCAUUCUAAAUUGAACUUUUAUUUUUGUAUUACUUUAAUACCAGGCAUAGAAACACUGCUUGUUUCUGUUUCUCUACUAACACUUUUUGUGUGCCUUAACUAAACCUUUUUUUUUCAAUUUGCAAAUAAACACUCUUAAAAGUCACUCUCCAAUAUAAUCUAAGGUUUACAACAACAAAAAAACAAAAAAAUAAUACAGUGUACCUACCUGGUGUCUGAAUUUUUUCAAAUGAGUUAAAUGGUUUGAUGGCGGAACGUCCUGACUCGCAGACUUCCAGCUGGUCUUGGCCAACAAGAGUGAUACGUAUACAGUGUCAUGUAAUUUGAUUUGUUGUAAAAUAAUUAAAUGUUUAUUUCAAACAAAA